UGCUAAUUUUUCUCCUCAUAAAAAUCUCCGCUUCCUCUCCCUCACUCAGUAGUCAAUAGCCUUCCAAAUCUCCCUCCGGCGACCUUUACUCUUCGGAGAAGUUUUCCGGUGAUAUUCUUUGGCCAAUUCUUAAGUUUUAUCAUCGUUUUCAGUUCAUUUCCAGUGUAUCGUUGACUUUAAUUUCAAGUAGCCUCUAUUAACAGAGUGGACUUCAAGUGAAUUGCCUUUUGCUUCAUUCAGAAUUUGAAUUUUGUGUUUUCAAAACUCAAAAGGUUUUUAACAUUAUUGAAGUUUUAGUCGCAAAUUCUGUGGUAAUGGCGGAUUCUGACAAUGAAUCGGGAGGGCACAGAGAAAGCUCGCCGCGAGAGCAGGACCGGUUCCUCCCAAUCGCGAACGUGAGCCGUAUCAUGAAGAAGGCGCUCCCGGCGAACGCGAAGAUUUCGAAGGACGCCAAAGAGACGGUUCAGGAGUGCGUGUCGGAGUUCAUCAGUUUCAUCACCGGCGAGGCAUCGGACAAGUGCCAGCGAGAGAAGAGGAAGACGGUCAACGGCGACGACUUGCUGUGGGCCAUGACUACGCUGGGCUUCGAAGACUACGUGGAGCCCUUGAAGGGUUACCUGCAGAGGUUUCGGGACAUGGAAGGGGAGAGAACCGCCAUGGUUGGACGGCAAGAGAGAGAGAGCAGCAGCGGCGGCGGCGGCAAUGGCGGUUAUGCCGGAGAGAGUGGUGUGUAUGGCAUGAUGAUGGGUCAGCAUCAUGGGCACAUAUACGGGUCUGGAGCUUAUAAUCCGAUGGGUGGUGGAGGAUCCGGGAAUCCAGGGUCGGGUUACAUCGGCUCCGGGGCCCCGCCAGCCGCUGAUAGGCCUAGCCGCCUAGGUAGCUAGCUCUACUUGGACUACCUCACUACCAUACCACCAUGCUUGGUGGAAAUGCAGAACAAAAAAAAAAAAAAAACUACCCUCAUUCAAUUUUUUUGAAUCAAAUCUUAAAUUAUUUUAAAAUUGAUUGAUCAAACCAUGAAUUGACCAAUUGUAUUACAAAAUAGUAAAGAUUUGAUACAAAAUAUACUAUGCAAAUUGUAUUAUCCUUUAAAAAUGCAUAAAGUUUUUAUGUA